AGAAAAUUACUUGAUAAUAUAUUAAUUUAGAUAUUAAUAUAUAAUGCAUAAAAUAAUUAUAAAAAAAAUUGAUAAUUAUAAUUUUUUAUUUCAUUGUUAUUGAAAUUGUUUAAAUCAAAAUAUAAUUAUUUUUAUUUUUAACCAUAAAAACAAAUGAAUUAUUAUUUAUUCUUAUCUACAUUCAGUGCUCAAAUUUCUCAAGUUUGACAUAUAAAAUAUAACCUUUUUUAAAAAUAUUUUUAAUAGACAUAAAAUUCUUUGUUAUUAAUCAAAAUGGCUAAAAUAGGUAUUAAUGGAUUUGGACGAAUAGGAAGGAUGUGUUUGCGAAUUUGUCUUGAACAAAAUUUGGAGGUGAAGCAUAUUAAUGAUCCUUUUAUUGACAUUGAUUAUAUGAUAUAUUUAUUUAAAUAUGAUUCAACUCAUGGGACAUUCACAGAAUCCAUUGAAUGUGAUUCUGGAAAAAUAAUUAUUGGUGAGAGACAAAUAACAACUUCUCAUGAGAAAGAUCCCUGUAAAUUAAAAUGGUCCAAUGUCGAUGUUACAUUUGUGAUAGAAGCAACUGGAAUUUUCACCACCAUAGAAAAAGCCGGGCGUCAUUUGGAUGCUGGAGCAAAACGUGUCAUUAUCACAGCACCUUCUAUUGAUGCUCCAAUGUAUGUUUAUGGAGUGAAUCAUAAAUGUUACACACCAGAGAAAGGAGGACAAGUUGUUUCAGCAACUUCUUGUACAACAAAUUGUUGUGCUCCUUUAAUUAAGGUGAUAAACGAUCAAUUUAAAAUCGAUCAAACAACAGUCACAACAAUUCAUGCUGUCACUCCAACGCAAAAAACUCUUGAUGGUCCCAGUGGAAAAAAAUGGAGAGAUGGACGUGGAUGUUUACAGAAUAUUAUUCCAACUUCAACGGGAGCAGCCAAAUGUGUUGCAAAAGUUAUUCCUGAAUUAAGGGAUAAAAUAACGGCAUUGGCAUUUAGAGUACCGGUUCCAAAUGUUUCAGUGUGUGAUAUAACAUUCAAAUUACAUGAAGAAGCAACAUACGAAGAUGUAAAGAAGUGUGUGAAAAAUGCAACUGAAGGAGAAAUGAAAAAUAUUCUUGCAUACGUUGAAGACGAUUGUGUUUCAUCAGAUUUUAAUAAUUCUCCGUUUUCAUGUAUAUUUGAUGCAAAAGCUGGAAUUCCACAAACAAAUAAUUUUAUGAAAGUUGUCGCAUGGUAUGACAAUGAAUACGGCUAUUCUCAUCGGGUCAUUGAUUUACUGAAUUAUAUGUAUAAUAUUGAAUUUAACAAUGAAAAUGCUCAGACUUCCGUUUCCGCUGAUGAAUAUAGUUAAAUUAUUAUUACUUAUAUUUUACGUAAUAAUUGAUUAUUGAUUUUUAUAUGAAAUUUUAUUUAUAAAAUUAAAAGGCCAAAAUCUGCAAGUAAAAUAAAAUGUUUCACAAAAUGUA